CGGCGGGACAAGGGGAUGACUCCCCGGUGCCCCGUGCCCGGUACCGCGGCCCUACGGAGCUGUGUGCGUGCGGCGGGGCUCCGCCGCCAGCCCGAAGCCCGCGGCCCCGCGACGGUCGGUGCCAGCAGCCCGGCGCGGCGCGGGCGGGGCGCGGAGGCGGGGCCGGCGCCCCCGCGGGUGGUCCCGUCGGGCAGGAUGCGCGGGGGCUGCGCGGCGGCGGUGGCGGUGCCCUGGCUGGCCCUGCUGGCCUUCGCCCGGCAGCCCCCCGAGAAGCCGUCGGCCAGCCCCCAUCUCACCCGCCGGCCCUUCCUGGUGGCCUGGAAUGUGCCCACCCAAGACUGCAAGCCCCGCUUCCAGGUGUCCUUUGACUUCAGCAUCUUCGACUUGGAUGCCUCCCCCAACGAGGGCUUCGUGGGGCAGAACCUCACCAUCUUCUACAAGGAACGCCUGGGGCUCUACCCCUACUACACCCGCCAAGGUGUGGCCGUCAAUGGUGGUGUCCCCCAGAACAGCAGCCUGUCGGAGCAUCUCGCCCUCCUCCAGGAGAACAUCGAGAAGUACAUCCGCUCACCCACCAAAGAAGGGCUGGCUGUCAUCGACUGGGAGGAGUGGCGGCCUGUCUGGGCUCGCAACUGGAAGCCCAAGGAUAUCUACCGGGAGGCGUCACAGGAACUGGUGUUACGGCGUCAGCCCACCUGGCCCCCUGAGAGGGUGAACAAGCAGGCAGCAUAUGAGUUCGAGAUGGCUGCCCAGGAGUUCAUGGUGCAAACCCUGCGCAAGGCCAAGAGCUUCCGACCCAAACAGCUCUGGGGGUUCUACCUCUUCCCUGACUGCUACAACCACGACUACAGUAAGAACAAGGAGAGCUACACCGGGCAGUGCCCAGAUGUGGAGAAGUCUCGCAAUGACCAGCUGAAGUGGCUCUGGCAGGAGAGCAUGGCGCUCUACCCCUCCAUCUACCUCGAUGCGCUCCUGGACUCCACUCCCAACAGCCGCAAGUUUGUGCGGGCGCGGGUGAUGGAGGCCAUACGCAUCUCGCAGAAGCACCACGAUGACUACUGCCUACCUGUCUUCGUCUACACCCGGCCCACCUACAUCCGCAAGCUGAAUGUGCUCAGCCAGCCAGACCUGAUCUCCACCAUCGGAGAGAGCGCAGCACUGGGUGCAGCUGGGGCCAUUUUGUGGGGUGAUGCCAUUGACACCAAAAACCGGGAGUUGUGCCAAUUAAUGAAAAACUACCUGGAGGGGGACCUGGGCCGCUACGUGGUGAAUGUCACGACAGCAGCAGAGCUCUGCAGCACGACACUGUGCCAGGGCCGGGGUCGCUGCCUCCGCCAGGACAGCCAUGCUGAUGUCUUCCUCCACCUCAACUCUACCAACUUCCAGCUGCGGCGCCGGGAUGCUGACCACCCUGAGCGCCCCCUCUUCUGGGCCGAGGGCCAGCUCUCCUCUGCUGACAUACUCUUCCUACGGACCCACUUUCACUGCCACUGCUACCAGGGCUGGCAGGGCAGUGGCUGCCAGACGCGUGCUGGCCCCCGCAGUGAUGCCCCUGGCCCUUUGGCACCGCUGGGACUUGGGGUGCUGUGGCUGCUUGCAAGCUGCUGGUACCUGCUCCUGGACUGAGCUGCCCUUUUGUGGCAGUGUAGGAGGAACCUGUUUGAUAUCCCUACCCUGCCUGGGAGGCAGCUAAUCAUGGAGGGCAGUCCCUCACUGUGGUGGUGUGGGGGCAGAGCUGUGUGGUUGCCCCGUCUCUACCCACCCUGCUGCAGUGCAGGUGCCUUUCAUGGGG